AUGGCCGUCGCUGAUCCUGCUUCCCCCAUACCGAGCACUUCUUUGCCUGUACCAGACAUCGAUACGCAAAAUGGGUUCUACGACGUCGAACGUGACCCCGCUUCCUGGGACGGGGCAUUGCCCGCCAGUCAGGGCCUGUACGAGAAUCAAUACGAGAAGGACUCCUGCGGUGUAGGCUUCAUCUGCCAAAUCAAGGGCGAGGAAAGUCACAAAAUCGUCUCAGAUGCGCGCCAGCUUCUCUGCGCCAUGGCCCACCGCGGUGCCACCGGUGCGGACAGCCGUGAUGGAGACGGUGCAGGUGUCAUGACCGGCAUUCCCCACCUUUUUUUCCAGCGUGAGGCUGAAAGAGACAUUGGUUGCGAGCUUCCCGAGGCCGGCCAGUACGCCGUUGGCAACGUUUUCUACAGGGCCAAUGACCCUGUCGGCUUGCAGAAACAGCAAAGUGUUUUUGCCAAAAUCGCCGAUGAACUCGGUCUUCGAGUCCUCGGGUGGAGAGAGGUCCCUACGGACGGUACGAUCCUGGGCCCCGCAGCUGCUAGCAAGGAGCCUUCCAUUCUGCAACCCUUCAUCGUCCUGCGAUCGCACUAUGGAGACGGACAUACCAGCCGCAACGGCGCAUUUGACCCGAAGUACCUCGAACGACAGCUAUAUGUUCUCCGCAAGCACGCGACCCACAGCAUUACUCUCGCAAAGGGUUUCUACGUUUGUUCGCUCUCAUCCAAGAACAUUGUGUACAAAGGUCAACUCUCGCCAUCGCAAGUGUACAAUUAUUACCAUGACCUCAAUCAUGUCCUCUAUCGUUCUCACUUUGCACUCGUGCAUUCCCGUUUCUCUACAAACACGUUCCCGAGUUGGGACCGUGCGCAACCUAUGCGUUGGGCCGCUCACAACGGUGAAAUUAACACCAUUCGCGGCAACAAAAACUGGAUGCGUGCUCGCGAAGGCGUGCUGUCUUCUUCGCACUUCGGCGACCAGUUGGAUCUGCUCUAUCCGAUCAUCGAAUCCGGCGGAUCUGAUUCCGCUGCAUUCGAUAACGUGCUCGAGCUGCUCGUCGUCAAUGGGGUUCUAACGCUCCCCGAAUCAGUCAUGAUGCUGAUCCCCGAGGCAUGGCAGGGCAAUGAAAUGAUGGACCCCGAAAAGAAAGCGUUCUAUAACUGGGCAGCCUGCCUUCAGGAGCCAUGGGACGGCCCUGCGCUGUUCGCAUUCAGCGAUGGACGGUACUGCGGUGCCAAUUUGGACCGCAAUGGCUUAAGACCUUGCCGUUACGUCGUGACGAAUGAGGAUAUAAUCGUUUGCGCAUCUGAGGUUGGCGCUGUUUUCAUUCCUCCCGAGAAGGUUGUUUCGAAGGGCCGUCUCAAGCCGGGUCGUAUGCUCCUCGUUGACACCGAGGAGGGCCGCAUCGUCGACGAUAAGGAACUGAAGCGCAAUACUGCUUCCAAGCAGAACUUUGCCUCCUGGAUCGAGGCGCACGUCCUGCAUGUACCUAACAUCGUGAAGCGCGUCAAGCGCUCACAGAGCGUUGAUCCCCAGAUCGACGGGUACUCUCUCAGUACCGAUCCGAAGCUGCUCGCUUUUGGAUACACCGUCGAGCAGCUCAACCUGCUCUUGAUGCCAAUGGUCACUGACGGCAAAGAGGCUCUUGGGUCCAUGGGCAACGACGCGCCGUUGGCGUGCAUGUCAACGCAGCCUCGCCUGGUCUACGAGUACUUCCGCCAGCUCUUCGCGCAGGUCACCAACCCUCCGAUCGACCCCAUACGUGAGAACAUCGUCAUGUCUCUCGAGGCAUACAUCGGCCCCGAGGGUAACCUCCUCGAGAUGAAGCCCGAGCAGUGCCACCGUAUUCUUCUCCGUUCUCCCAUUCUCACGAUGGAGGAGAUGAAUGCGAUGAAGAGCUUGAAAUAUGCAUACUCGAGCUGGCCCUCGCGCAUCAUCGACAUCACGUUUCCGAAGGAGCAUGGUCUGCCUGGCUACAAGCUCGCCCUCGAGCGUGUUUGCAGCGAGGCCAUGGAGGCUAUCGAGGAGGGUAUCAAGGUCAUCAUUUUGUCGGAUCGCGAGACGGGCCCCGAGCGUGUCCCGCUGUCUGCACUGAUCGCGUGCGGUGGAGUGCAUCAGCACCUCGUGUCUCAGAAAAAGCGUGCGAAGGUUGCGUUGCUCGUCGAGACUGGUGAGGCGCGUGAGGUGCAUCAUCUGUGCGUCUUGCUCGGCUAUGGUGCCGACGGUAUCUGCCCGUGGCUGGCGAUGGAAUGUAUUCACAAGGUCGCCCGGGAGGGAUUGGUUAAGGACAACAAGACUUUCGACGACCUGCUGCACAACUUUCGUCACUCCGUUGACAACGGUAUUCAGAAGGUGAUGUCGAAGAUGGGUAUCUCGACUCUGCAAUCGUACAAGGGAGCUCAGAUCUUCGAGGCACUCGGCUUGCAUACCGAAGUCAUCGAGAGCUGCUUUACCGGUACUGCUAGCCGUGUACAGGGAGCUACGUUCGACCUGCUGGCGAUGGACGCAUUCGAGAUGCACGAGCGUGGUUGGCCGUCCCGCGAGACGAUCAUUCCUCCUGGCAUGCCGGAGUCGGGCGACUACCACUGGCGUUCCGGCGGGGAGGCGCACAUCAACGAUCCGACAGGCAUCGCGAACCUGCAGGACGCCGUUCGCGAGAAGAACCAGCGCGGCUACGACGCAUAUGCAAACAAUGCGAACGAGCAGACCAAAGCGGUACAUCUCCGUGGCCUCCUUGACUUCCGCUACGAGAAUGCAGCCCCGAUUCCGAUCGAGCAGGUCGAGCCGUGGAAUGAGAUCGUCCGUCGCUUCGUCACUGGUGCGAUGUCGUACGGUUCCAUCUCGAUGGAGGCUCACUCUACGCUUGCGAUUGCCAUGAACCGUCUCGGCGGCAAGUCGAAUACGGGUGAAGGAGGUGAGGAUGCGGAGCGGUCGCUUGUGUUGCCGAACGGCGACACUAUGCGCUCUGCGAUCAAGCAAGUCGCAUCUGGCCGCUUCGGUGUCACCUCGAAUUACCUUGCCGACGCAGAUGAACUGCAGAUCAAGAUGGCUCAAGGCGCGAAACCGGGAGAAGGAGGAGAGCUUCCGGGACAUAAGGUCUCUACUUCCAUUGCCCGCACUCGUCAUUCUACCACAGGCGUCGGUCUAAUUUCGCCGCCACCUCACCACGAUAUCUACUCCAUCGAGGAUCUCAAGCAGCUUAUCUACGAUCUGAAGUGUUCGAAUCCUAGAGCACGUGUUUCUGUGAAGUUGGUGUCGGAGGUAGGUGUUGGUAUUGUCGCCAGCGGUGUUGCGAAGGCGAAGGCAGAUCACAUUCUUAUCUCCGGCCACGAUGGUGGAACUGGUGCCUCGCGCUGGACUGGUAUCAAGAAUGCCGGUCUUCCUUGGGAGCUUGGUUUGGCCGAGACUCAUCAGACCCUGGUGCUUAAUGAUCUGCGUGGCCGCGUCACUCUCCAGACCGACGGACAGAUUCGUACUGGUCGUGAUAUCGCGAUUGCUUGUCUAUUGGGUGCGGAGGAGUGGGGCUUCGCGACGACACCUCUGAUCGCGAUGGGAUGUAUUAUGAUGAGGAAGUGUCAUUUGAAUACUUGUCCUGUCGGAAUCGCAACACAGGAUCCUCAGCUGCGCGCCAAGUUCGCCGGCCAGCCUGAGCAAGUGAUCAAUUUCUUCUACUACAUUGCCGAAGAUCUACGCUCGCACAUGGCGAAGCUCGGUUUCCGUACCAUCAAUGAGAUGGUUGGCAGGGCCGAUAUGCUUAAGGUGAAUGAGAAGCUACGCACUCCGAAGACUGCGCACCUCGAUCUAUCCGCCGUCUUGAAGCCUGCCUGGCAGAUGCGCCGUGGCGCUGCAACCUAUCGUGUCCGUCCUCAAGACCAUAAGCUGUAUAUUCGUCUCGACAACAAGUUUAUUGAUGAAUCUGAGCCUGCGCUUACUAAGGGUCUUCCGGUGCACGUCGACUGUGAUGUCACUAAUACUGACCGCGCGCUCGGUACAUCACUGUCGUACCGCGUUUCGAAAUUAUACGGCGAGGAAGGCCUUCCGAAGGACACCAUUCACAUCAGUAUGAGGGGUUCCGCUGGUCAGUCCCUCGGGGCUUUCUUGGCGCCCGGUAUCACAAUCGAGUUGGAGGGAGAUGCAAAUGACUACGUUGGAAAGGGUCUUUCUGGCGGUCGUUUGAUCGUCUACCCACCGAAGCAAUCAACCUUCAAGGCCGAGGAGAACAUCAUCGUAGGCAACGUUUGCUUAUAUGGUGCGACAUCCGGUGAGGCGUUCAUUCGUGGGGUCGCUGCGGAGCGAUUCGCAGUCAGGAAUUCGGGUGCCAACGCUGUGGUUGAGGGAACUGGUGACCAUGGGUGUGAAUACAUGACCGGUGGCCGUGUCGUAAUCCUUGGCAGCACUGGCCGUAAUUUCGCGGCUGGUAUGAGCGGAGGCAUUGCGUACGUUCUGGAUACCGCUCACACGUUCGCGUCCAAAGUCAACCCGGAGAUGGUCGAGCUCGGGAAAGUCAUUGACCCGCGAGAGAUCGCUCAGCUGCGCGGGCUCAUUGAAGACCACCGUCAUUAUACUGGCUCCGAGGUUGCCGAUCGUGUCCUACAUGACUUCCACCAUCUGCUGCCGCUGUUCGUUCGUGUCAUGCCUCAUGACUACAAGCGCGUUCUCGAGGAGGAAGCCGCCAAGGUGAAGGAAGAGAAGAUGCGUCAGAGUACGAUCGAUUUGAUCCCCUCGCGGACCGCCAGUCAAGUGGACCUUGCAUCCGAAGGUCUCGAGGAUAUUCUCCUGCCUAAGGAGCCGCUGUCCCUCACCAGUCGAUCAUCAUCGAAGACACGGGUAGAGCCAUCCAUGACAGACUUGGAGGACUCGCUUGUUGACGAUGCUACCACGAAGCAGCGCCUCAACAAGCUCGACAAGACCCGCGGCUUCAUGAAGUACAAGCGCCUUACCGAGACGUACCGCCCUCCUCGGAAGCGGGUCAAGGAUUGGAGGGAGAUUUCCGCUCGUCUCACUGAAGAGGAGCUGAAGUACCAAUCUGCGCGUUGCAUGGACUGUGGUGUGCCGUUCUGCCAGUCUGAUACCGGCUGCCCUAUUUCCAAUAUCAUCCCGAAGUGGAACGACCUGGUGUUCAAGAACCAGUGGCAGGAUGCCCUUAAUCGUCUCCUCAUGACGAAUAAUUUCCCCGAGUUCACUGGCCGUGUCUGCCCUGCUCCGUGUGAGGGAGCAUGCGUGCUCGGUAUUAAUGAGCAGCCCGUGGGUAUCAAGAGUAUCGAGUGCGCGAUCAUCGACAAGGGUUUCGAGAAGGGUUGGAUGCAACCUAAGAUUCCUCAUUUCCGCACGGGAAAGAAAAUUGCUAUCAUUGGUUCAGGCCCUGCGGGUUUGGCGUGUGCAGAUCAAUUGAACAAGGCCGGUCACCACAUUACAGUCUAUGAUCGUAACGACCGCAUGGGAGGCCUUCUCAUGUAUGGAAUUCCCAACAUGAAGCUCGACAAGGCAGUCAUCCAGAGGCGUUUGGACCUCAUGGCGGCGGAAGGGGUGACAUUCGUUCCCAACACAUACGUUGGCAAGGACAUCGAUGUGAACGACCUUCGUGCGCAAAACGAUGCCGUUGUCAUUUGCACCGGCGCAACCUGGCCUCGCGAUCUGAAGAUUCCUAAUCGCGAAGCGGAUGGCAUUCACUUCGCCAUGGAAUAUCUGCGGUUGAACACCAAGUCACUGCUUGAUUCUGAGCUGCAGAACGGCAACUAUAUCAAUGCUAAGGGCAAAGAUGUAAUCGUUAUUGGCGGCGGUGACACCGGAAACGACUGCAUUGGUACUUCCAUGCGCCACGGAGCGAAGUCGGUCACCAACUUCGAGCUGCUACCCAAGCCGCCUGCCUCGCGCGGACGAGACAACCCAUGGCCUCAAUGGCCUAGGAUCUUCCGUACGGAUUAUGGGCAUACCGAGGUUGCCGCGCACUUCGGAAACGAUCCUCGUGAAUACUGCAUCUCCACUAAGGACUUCGUCCUCGACGAAGAGGGCAAGCUGAAGGGCUUGAACACCGUGCGCGUCGAAUGGACUAAAGACAGCGGAGGCCGUUGGAAGAUGGAGGAAGUGCCCGGUUCUGAGAAAUUCUUUCCGGCGCAGCUCGUCUUCCUUGCUCUUGGAUUCCUCGGUCCAGAGUCCGAAGUCAUCAAGGCUCUUGGCGUAAAGCAGGAUGCGCGUUCCAACAUCCAGACGCCGCACAAGAAAUACUCCACCAACGUCGAGGGUGUCUUUGCAGCGGGUGAUUGUCGUCGCGGCCAGUCUUUGAUCGUUUGGGGAAUCAACGAGGGUCGCGGUGCUGCCGCUGAGGUCGAUGCGUGGCUCAUGGGAGGCCGCAGUAGACUGCCGGAGGACGGCGGCAUCAAGAAGAGAACGUUCCUUCCUCCCUCGAGCACGCUUUCCAAUGGCGCGCAGGUGAUUCAGGUGGAGGCGUGA